GGGUCAUCCGGGAAGAUAGGCUUUCUGGGAGGGUUCAGUGAAUAAAAACGCUGUCGGCAGCACAGAGAGAUCGUGAGCUGUGGAUUCACUGCUGGGUCUUUUUUUGUGACCAAAGGAGUAUAACAUUUCCAAAAUGUUCGACGAUAUUCUUGCAAUGAACAUUCGAAAGCUGGCUUUGAGCGAUGGCUUGCUCCCUGCACAGUCUCACGUCAAAGUCUCAGAGGACAGGCAGCUGAGCGGGUCGGCCUCUUCCUUCUUCUUCCCCUCCUCCCAGCUCUCCUCUUCGAGCCUUAGCUUGAGCACUGAGCAAGUCAAUACCAGCGAGAGUGAGAGCUCCUUGAUGUCCCCCAAUGUGUGGAGCCACGCUCCUGUCUCAAGCCAAAAGGAGCCCUCCUUCCGUCCCGAUCGCUCCAUAAGCCUGACUGAGUCGAGCAGCGACCUGGUUUCUUUUUUUGAGCAGCUUAGGACCAGGGAGCUGUUUCCUCGCUGCCCUUCCUCUACUGUGGCGCCCCCUCCGGGGUUCCCACCCUCGUCAAACCUUCCACCUCAAGUUCAGCCGAUGCUGUUGUCUAACCGUUACAAAACUGAGCUGUGCCGUGGCUUCCAAGAGACCGGCAGCUGCAAGUAUGGCAGUAAGUGCCAGUUUGCCCAUGGAGAGGCAGAACUACGUGGACUUUACCGUCACCCUAAGUAUAAGACGGAGCCCUGCAGAACCUUCUACAACUUUGGCUAUUGUCCCUAUGGCCCACGCUGCCACUUCAUUCAUGAAGAGAAAAUUGCCGGGGCGCCUCUAACGUCCAGCAAAUUCCAGCGCAAGCCAAUCCCAUCAUCAUCUUGUGGCCACAACCCUCGUCACCAGCUCAGGCAAAGUCUCAGCUUUGCUGGCUUCAUGGGCUCACUGCGCAGCUCGUCUCCCCCAUCGCUUUCUUCAACCUUCAAUGAUGUCAACCUGGCAUUUAGCCGCGCUCCCUCUGUUUCUCCUCCUCCCGAUCCCCUCUCUCCAGUAUUUGGAGACUCAGUGCACCGGGAGGCAACAGCCUUCCAGUUUGACAACCGUCAAUUUGGCACCAGCGCUGGUGACAUGCACAGCAUUCCACUCGCCCCAGAGCCAAAAGUGUCGCGCUCUAACAGCAGUCUUAUGUUCACCAGCAUGGAGGACGGGCCUCACCAAGACAGCAGCACACUGUUUCCUAGCUUUGGUGACCACAAAGGACUUGUGAAGUCUCCUGGAUUGCAACGUUUCUCUUCUGAGGAUUCCCUGGAGGACAGCUACAGCAGCAGCAGCUCCAGCGGAACAAACUCUCCAACAUUUGAUAAAUCUGCCAACAAGAGACUGACAGUUUUUGAGCGGCUGUCCCUGUCUGACUAAAUAGAUCUAGGAAAGAAAAAAGGAAGAAACAACAACUACAUGGGGUUUGAGCUACUAUCAAAAACACAAGAAUUGCUGAACUAAUAAUACUUUGAGAUCUUAAAUUUGUAAAGAAAACCAUAUCUUUUAUGCUGAAACUUAAAUAUUUAUCUAACUCUACGAAUAUACAUAAAAAUAUGUAGCCUUUUAGACUUUUGUAUAUGAUCUUCCAUGAGACGUGUCUAUUUUUUUUAAGUCUUGAGAUGACCAGUUCUGGAUCAUAGUUAUCUGUAACGAUCAAAAAGCUUUUUGUGGUAGUAAUCAAAAAUGCAUUUGUCUUAGCUGAAAUAUAUUUUCUGCUGCACAGGCUUUUUUUAUUCAAUGUGCUACAAUUAGCACGUUUGAUACAGUAGCCUUAAUCAUCAAGACCUGACAUGUGUCUACGAUGUGCACUUUAAAAGUGAUUCAGAUGGGAGAGUCUCUCUACAGCAAUCAAACCAAGGCUCCAUCCCUUACUAUGGUCUGCGUAUGGGUGUUUGGCUGUAAGUCAGAAUGUGGAUUAGAGUGUUUGUGUUUUUUAAAGAGAAAACAAAGUUGCAAAAUGAAAAUUGUAUAAAAACAAAGAUAGAGUUUAGAUUUAAAAAAUGUGUCCUGACACACUCGAUGUAGCUAAAUGCUGUUGUUCUCAGCAGUUUGCAAAUUGCACACAUCCUUUCAUUUUUGUAAGUUUGUUUGAUAGCCUGGUUCAGGGAAGACCGCAGUAUUCCAUUUGGUUAUUGUUUGCCUUGUGUUGUUUAACUUAUGCCAUCAUAUUUAUUGUAAUAUUUAUUUUGCUUAAAAAGGAAAAAAAUAUAUUUUGUACUUUAUUUAUGUAAAAUCACAGAUCAAGCUUUGUGAAAUACCAAUGUGAGGAAAGCAGUGAAAAGAGAGCCUUAGAUUUUUCAUUGCCUGAAAUGAAUUUUAAUGCAUUUCUGAAUAAAACUGAUUUUGCAUCUCUUUGUUA